AUGGCCCCUUGUCGUCAGUUACUUAUGUGGUCAGUCCCAUCCAUAGCAGUUUUAUUGGGAAUUUUUUGGUUCAGAAAAAAGCGAGAGUAUGCAAAAUCUGACCCUGGUGGAAGAGAAAGAAUAAAAAGCUUAAAAGAGGAGCUUGCAGAGGCUUUGAUUGCUCAAGCUGAAGCUCAAAAAUCUUCUCCAUUGGGCAAAGCAGAGCGAUCUAUUAUUAAAUCGGCCCCUAUUGACAUUAUACCAAAUGGAAGUAAUUCCCAGAGGUCUUCCCCAUUAGAGUUGACAGAUGAAGAAGUUGAUAUUGAAAUUGAGAAAAUAAUUAGGAAAAAAUCUAUUGAAAAGGAGAAACGAAUGUCAGCUGGUUUUGACAAGUUUAACUCUAUGAGUGUAUACUCUAAAGAACCAUCAUUUCAAGUUAAACAAAAAUCACCUAAUAAUGUGUGCUCUACAGUCCCAACUGUAGCCACUUGUUAUAAAAGUAAUGUAGAUAAUACCCCAGUAGUAAUCAGGGCAGGCGAUACAAAUAUUGUACAUUCACAGGAAAUGCCAGGAAACUCAGGAGACACUAUUCUCCAGGAAGAAAGCUCAAAAUUGGAAAAAGUAGUACCAGAGGUUGAUACAACUGAAGACACCACUGUGGGUGACAUGGAAGAUUCAAAUAAUAAUAAUAAUAAUGUAAAUGUAGUUGAUGAACCUAGUGAUAAUACAGAAAGUGAUAACAGAUUUUCCACAACCCAACGUAGACACAUCUCAGAAAGAGAUUCUGCUAAUCAUAGUCCUGUGGAUCCUAUAUUAGCUAGUCCAUCAAUGUGCCACUUCUCAGAUAAUCAUAGCGAGGGCUCAAGUGACAGUGGCAAAGGUUGCUCUGAAGCAGCCAGUCCUCCUCCUGCAACUCUUAAUAUGAUUCCUUCUGAAACUGCUCUUAGAAUACAUCAAUUUGUUAUACCCCAAACUCUUGUAGGACUUUUAAUAGGGAAACAGGGGUCCUUUGUAAUCCAAAUAAAAGCUAAAACUGGCGCAAGUGUAUAUGUUAGAAGACAUCCUGACUCCAUCAAAUUAAAAAUUUGUGCUGUUGAAGGAACUCAAAGUGAAAUUGAAGCUGCUCUAGAAAUGAUCAAGGAAAAGUUCCCUGAAAAGAAAUUCCCCAACUUUUCCUUGCAAGAAAUUAGUGCAGAAUUAUAUCAAAGGCUGGUACCACUAGUGCCAGAGUUUCUACAACUUGUGGAAUCCGUGAAUAAUGAUACGAUAAUGACGUGUCUAGUGAGUGCAGGACACUUCUUCCUACAACAACCUCUUCACCCAACUUUCCCAUCUCUACAUGCACUACACCGUCUCAUGGCUGCAACCUAUCAGAACCCAGAAGUACCAUCUCUACCAAGACCUGUUAAAGAGAGUUCAAUCUGUGCUGCACCAACUGAAAAUAACUGGUAUCGCGCACAAGUGAUAUCAACAUCAGAAGAGACUGACACGUCAGUCGUAAAAUUGGUUGACUUCGGCGGCUAUCUGACUGUGGACAAUGAUCAGCUUAAACAGAUCCGCUCAGAUUUUAUGACAUUACCUUUCCAAGCAACAGAAGCCUUACUUGCUUUUGUAAAACCAGCUAAUAAUGAAUUAGAGUGGAGUGGCGAGGCCCUUCGGAUCAUGGCUGGACUGACAGCAGGGCAGUUACUACAUGCACAAGUUGCCGGCUAUGAUGAGACUGGCCUCCCUCUCGUACAUCUCUACCUCACUCUACAUCCUCAGCAAGUAAUAUUCCUGAAUAGAGAAUUAGUGGACCGUGGCUUGGCGGAAUGGGAUAUUCCUCCAGAUUCGUGA